AAAUCAUCAUAAAAUUAGUCUUGUUUGGCACUGUGACAGGAGGAGUUGUUAUAAAAAAAAAAAGGAAAGAGAAAGAAAAGACGAGAGAAGAUGAUGAUGUAGAAGCAUAGGCAUAAUAAUAACGCAGCAUAAGAAACAGAGUGGAAAAAGGAAAAGAGUGGGUGAGAAUAGGAAUUAGGGAGGAUAAGAGAGAGAAAGAGAAGAAAGUGUGUGUUUUGGGAGAAGGAGAAGAAGGAAGAGGAAUCGGGCGAAUCGUGUUUUGGGGCAUGGAAGGGGUGGCCAUGCUGAAGCAGCUAAUUGGUCAGCUUCAGCAGCUAUUGGACUCUUCCCAUUCCCAUUCUCUGAUUCUUGAACCUUCACACCACACUCUCCUCUUCCAACAACAACACCCCAGAUGGACAUCCUUUGAUGUUGAAGAUAGCUCUGUAGAUGACUUUUGUGGCCUUGUAGUGACAGCAGGAAAGUCUGGCCGUUUCAGGAUGUCAGAGCCUGUGAAGUCUCCACCUUCUAAGAAGUCUCGUAGAGAUAGAAGCAGGGGCAAAUCAUCUGGACGAUCCUGCUCAACUGAAGUUAUGGAUCAAGAAAUUUGGAAAGAUUUUCCGGAAGAUUUAUUUGAGGCUGUGAUAGCACGACUCCCCAUUGCUACAUUUUUCCGCUUCCGCUCUGUCUGCCGGCAGUGGAAUUCCAUGCUUACUUCUCAAAGUUUUUCUCAGCAUUGUACUCAAGUUACACAAGCAAAUCCAUGGUUUUACACCAUUACCCAUGAAAAUGUGAACUCGGGAGCUAUGUACGAUCCUUCUUUGAAAAAAUGGCACCACCCAACUAUAUCGACACCGCCCACAAAAUUGAUUGUUUUACCCGUGGCUUCUGCCGGUGGUUUAGUUUGCUUUCUUGACAUUGGUCAUCGUAACUUCUUUGUUUGCAACCCACUGACUCAAUCCUUCAGGGAGUUGCCAGCUCGAUCAGUUAAGGUCUGGUCUCGGGUUGCUGUAGGGAUGACAAUUAACGGAAACUCGGCUGGUUCAGGCUACAAGAUCUUAUGGGUUGGUUGUGAUGGAGAAUAUGAAGUUUACGACUCAGUCAGAAAUUCUUGGAUUCGUCCUGGAAACAUGCCUGCAGGUAUGAAGCUGCCACUGUCGCUGAACUUUAGGUCUCAAGCUGUCUCUAUCGAUAGCAUGCUUUACUUCAUGCGAUCAGACCCAGAAGGGAUUGUUUCGUACGAUAUGGCAACUGGGGUUUGGAAACAAUAUAUAAUCCCAGCGCCGUUGCAUCUGACUGAUCACACUCUGGCCGAGUGUGAUGGCCAGAUCAUGCUUGUGGGUUUGCUCACAAAGAAUGCAGCUACUUGUGUAUGCAUAUGGGAGCUGCAGAAAAUGACACUCUUGUGGAAGGAGGUUGACAGAAUGCCAAACAUAUGGUGCUUGGACUUUUAUGGGAAGCACGUUAGAAUGACUUGCCUGGGGAACAAAGGCUUGCUCAUGUUGUCCCUGAGGUCGAAACAGAUGAAUAGAUUGGUUACUUACAACAUAGCAAGGAAAGAAUGGCUGAAGGUUCCUGGGUGUGUGGUGCCGCGUGGGAGAAAACGACAGUGGAUAGCUUGUGGUACUGCAUUUCAUCCAUGCCUCACAGCGCUGGCAUGAUUUCGUUUGUAUCUCUUAACAGCAAUGGCCUGUCAUUGCAAUUUGCUGGCCUUUUUAUGGUGUUGUACGUAAUCCUAAUGUUCAUUGCUGGUUUAACAGAGUAGUUCAAAAAUAAUAUGGGUUUGUGAUUCAUGUCUUUUCAUACUCUCAGGCAUGUGAACACUACUUUGGAUGUGUUGGGAAUGCCUCAUCCUGGGGAACACCUUGCUAAAAGGUGAUAUAGAACUUAAGUUUCUUUUUGCUUUCAAUAAGUGUAUGGUUUUAAUUUUUGGUUC